CCCUCAACAUGAUCACACCGCUUCCUACUACGACUUCCAUCAUGCUCCGCGCCGCUCCGGGCGCGGCGACGGCUCUCGGCACACGUCCGGUCGGUGACGCACUUCCGGUCGGUGAUGCCCAUCCGCUCUGCUGGGCGCGCGGUGGACGGUCUGAAUCGGAGAGCUAGGGUUUCGCUGGAGCUUUUCUCCAGAGCCCAGCAUGGCUUCCUCGCGAGCAUCCUCCACGGCAACCAAAACUAAAGCGCCUGAUGACUUAGUUGCUCCGGUUGUGAAGAAGCCACACAUCUAUUAUGGAAGUUUGGAAGAGAAGGAGAGGGAACGUCUGGCCAAAGGAGAGUCUGGGAUUUUGGGGAAAGAAGGACUUAAAGCAGGAAUCGAAGCUGGAAAUAUUAAUAUAACCUCUGGAGAAGUGUUUGAGAUUGAAGAGCACAUCAGUGAGCGACAGGCAGAAGUAUUGGCUGAGUUUGAGAGAAGGAAGCGAGCCCGGCAGAUCAAUGUCUCCACAGAUGACUCGGAGGUCAAGGCAUGCCUUAGAGCCUUGGGGGAACCUAUCACACUCUUUGGAGAGGGCCCUGCUGAAAGAAGAGAAAGGUUAAGAAAUAUCCUCUCAGUCGUUGGUACUGAUGCCUUAAAAAAGACCAAAAAGGAUGAUGAGAAAUCUAAGAAGUCCAAAGAAGAGUAUCAGCAAACCUGGUAUCAUGAAGGACCAAACAGCUUGAAGGUGGCGAGACUAUGGAUUGCCAAUUAUUCACUGCCCAGGGCAAUGAAACGCUUGGAAGAGGCCCGACUCCAUAAGGAGAUUCCUGAGACAACAAGGACCUCCCAGAUGCAGGAGUUGCACAAGUCUCUCCGGUCUUUGAAUAAUUUUUGCAGUCAGAUUGGGGAUGAUCGCCCUAUCUCCUACUGUCACUUUAGUCCCAAUUCCAAGAUGCUGGCCACAGCUUGUUGGAGUGGGCUUUGCAAGCUCUGGUCUGUUCCUGACUGCAACCUCCUUCACACUCUUCGAGGACAUAACACAAAUGUAGGAGCAAUUGUAUUCCAUCCCAAAUCUACUGUUUCCUUGGACCAAAAAGAUGUCAACCUGGCCUCCUGUGCAGCUGAUGGCUCUGUGAAGCUUUGGAGUCUCGACAGUGAUGAACCAGUGGCAGAUAUCGAAGGUCAUACAGUGCGUGUGGCCAGGGUAAUGUGGCAUCCAUCAGGACGUUUCCUGGGUACCACCUGCUAUGACCGUUCAUGGCGCUUAUGGGAUUUGGAGGCUCAAGAGGAGAUCCUGCAUCAGGAGGGCCACAGCAUGGGUGUGUAUGACAUUGCCUUCCAUCAAGAUGGCUCUUUGGCUGGCACUGGGGGACUGGAUGCAUUUGGUCGAGUUUGGGACCUACGCACAGGACGUUGCAUCAUGUUCUUAGAAGGCCACCUGAAAGAAAUCUAUGGAAUAAAUUUCUCCCCCAAUGGCUAUCACAUCGCAACCGGCAGUGGUGACAACACCUGCAAAGUGUGGGACCUUCGACAGCGGCGUUGCGUCUACACCAUCCCUGCUCAUCAGAACUUAGUGACUGGUGUCAAGUUUGAGCCUAUCCAUGGGAACUUCUUGCUCACCGGUGCCUAUGACAACACAGCCAAGAUCUGGACGCACCCAGGCUGGUCCCCGCUGAAGACUCUGGCUGGCCACGAAGGCAAAGUGAUGGGCCUAGAUAUUUCUUCUGAUGGGCAGCUCAUAGCCACUUGCUCAUAUGACAGGACCUUCAAGCUGUGGAUGGCUGAAUAGACAAGACAAUGGAAAAAGGACUUGAACCUCAAGCUCUCUCUAAGGAGCUAUUUCCUCAAAAGAGAUGAAUUGAAGUGUUUAGUUAUAUCAUGUUUUCUGCCAAUUACCAUGUGUAGACCCUCUGUAGAAUUGGAUUUCCAUGUCAGCCCCCACUCCAGGCAGGCAGCCCAGUCCCUAGGUGAUGGUGAACCCCUCUCAUGGUUGAAAAUUUAUUUCUCCUUUUUACGCCCUGCCACAAACUGUGUAGACAUUGUUUUCAUUUAUCUUUUGUUUGGCUGGGCGUGGUGGCUCAUGCCUGCAAUCCUAGUACUUUGGGAGGCCAAGGCAGGCAGACUACUUGAGGUCAGGAGUUCAAGACUAGCCUGGGCAACAUAGCAAAAUGCCAUCUCUACAAAAAAAUUUAAAAAUUAGCCGGGCGCGGUAGCUUGUGCCUGUGGUCCCAGCUACUCGGGAGACUGAGGUGGGAGGAUCACUUAAGGCUGGGAGACAGAGGUUGCAGUGAGGUGAGAUCACGCCAUUGCACUAUAGCCUGCGUGACAGAGUAAGACCCUGUCUCUUAAAAAAAAAAAAAAAAAUACUUUGUUUGAAUGCCCUAUAGCCUUCCUCACAGCACUCAGGAUUGUGACUGACUCUGCAUUUUUAAUUCUUGAAACUUGGUUUUCCAUAGCAUGGUACGUGCUUCAGGACUGCAUGUGACCCAGAGAACAAGGUGGCUGAACUAGAUAGAGUCUAGAAGCCCUCGGUAAAGAGGCACCUCUCACCACUCCUUGGUUAAACAGUGCGUAACAGCGAGCACUUUUCUUUUCCUUGGAGAAUGGGAAGUGAAGCAGUAGACUGCAGCUACCCCGACGGCUAUGCAGCGAAGAAGACUGACCUCUUCCUGUUGUGUUUGCUUGGAAUGCUGACUGCAUCAGGAAACUGAACGGAACAUUUGCUUCGUCAGAAAAUAUCUUUUACUUUACUUUGAAGUUUGGCAACCUUCAUGUUACCUUAAAGCAAAACAAUGUGUCAGGAUUCAAACAAACGUUUAGAAAGCAAACAUGAUGUCUCUACAAGCUCCUUUCUGUUGGUUAUUUAAAGGAUGUACUUCCGUAUUUGCUACAGUAAAAUCCUGUUACAAAAACUACCCUAUAAAUAAUUAUUUUCUAUAGUUAAAGCAUUUUCUGAAUCCUAA